AAACACAGCUCAAAAUAGAGAAAAAAACAAAGCAACAGAGUAUAAACAAAACCAACUCUCUGCAGAUUCAUUUAGGUUAUAUUAAAAGUAUAAAAACAUUCAAUAUUAGGCAAAAUGUUGCGCUCGUUACUAGCGGUGCGUGCUGCUUUAAAUCCUACGAUAAAUAGCCUGAAAAUAGCACACGGCCAACGUUUACCAAACAGUGUACUCGGUGCGAGUCCAGCACGGAGAAGUUACGCAAAUUUCCCAAACAGCAGCGAAUCAUUAUCACAACAUUCCACCGAGAACAGCAACGAAUCGGCGUUUGAUGUGGACAAAAAACGUAAGAUCCUCGAACUGGAAAUGGAAGUUAUGCGACAGGAAGGACGAAAAGUUCCGACGCCAAGUAGAAUCAAGGAAAAUCAUUGGGAACAUCUCCUACAGUUGCAGUCCAGAAAUCAACGCCGGCACUAUUACCUGUAUCUGUGGAACAUUGAGAUGGCGAAGGAAAGUACACAAGCAAAGAAAGAGAAGAAAAGGUUGGAGGUGGCUAAGAGAAAAGAGGAGUUGGCCCAGCAGAACGCUACCAACGAUCAUCUCACCUACGGGUUGUUCCACAAUACUAUGUUCUUGAGGAUUUAUGACACCGCUAUAGACCAUUUUAAUAAUAACAAAUUGAUCCAGGCAAUGCGUUUCGGACAGAAUCUUGUAUUUGACUGCUCCUAUGACGACAAUAUGAACGAGAGAGAAAUGUUGAACACAGCGAAACAGCUUAUGCUGUCUUUCGCCAUCAACCGAAUGCAUGACGAACCGUUCAAUAUACAUCACUGUAAUGUGGACUACAGUCGGAAAACGAUGAUUGCCCUGGAAAAACAAUUGGUACGCAUUCACGAGCCCUCAUUCCCGUUCAACAUCACCGAGAAAAGCUAUCUGGAUUUGUUCCCUCGUGAGAGGUUGGUUUAUCUGACACCACAUUGCCACAAUGAUUUGGAGAAGUUCAGCCACGACGAUGUGUACAUCGUGGGUGCUAUGGUCGACAAAUCAUGCCAGGAUGCUGUCUCACUGGGCAAGGCAAAAAAGCAUGGUCUGCGAAUGGCGCGGUUACCCCUUGAUCGGUACUUCCAAUUCAAAACUGGAAAGUCGCUCACUCUCGAUCAGAUGAUGCAGAUUUUACUCGAGUUGAAGACGUCCAACAAUUUCGAGAAAGCUUUUGACUAUGUUCCACGGCGAAAGAUUAUCCCACUGGACGAGCAGAAGCUGCAGGCGCAGCGAAGGUUCAAGCAGUCAGCGCAGGCAGGGAAGUUCAAGUUCAGCAUGGAGACGUUGUUUUCGGAUCAAAAGUAUAGAAGGCGAUAGAUGUGCGUACCGAGUUAUUAAUUUGAAGCAGUUCAAAUCACGUAAAUAAAUUGUGGUGACGCUCUUUACAGUGAAUAAGUUUGAUGUUUAAUUUCUCCUCCUGCGAGUUCGGCUUAUUCGCCACGCGUUCGGUUCCUCGUACUUGUUAUACAGUGGUUCAAGUCGUUGAUUUUUCUUGAAUUUACUCAGCUUCGUUGGGUCCGAGAAUCGGAAGAAUGCAGGGGCGAAUUCAACUAGCCAUUUCGGAUCGAUUGUUGUUACUUCACGCAUGUAUUCCUUGGUUGUUUGAACUAGCUCGUGAUAGACAACCCUGAAAAAAAAAUUAAAUUUUAUUAAAAUUGUAUGUUUUAGAAUAUUUUUUGAGAAACGGCUCCAAGCGGCG